AUGCCGCGGCGCGCGAGGCAUACGGCCCUCGCCCUGUGCUACGUCACGAUCGCGGCCGCAUUAAGGCCAUCACUAAAAACGAGGCCACGCACUCGUUUACAAGCCGUCGCCUCAAAAGACGUCGAGCCCUUGCUGUUGUGUAAAGACAUUGAAGCUAAAGUGGUCGAAAACGAUAAAGCCAUUUUGAAGGGUCUGGACUUGGAGGUGCGGCCCGGCGAGGUCCACGCCAUCAUGGGCCCGAACGGCUCCGGCAAAUCGACUUUGUCGAAAGUGCUGGCCAGGCAUCCUGCUUACGAGGCCACAAACGGAAUAGCUACGUUAGAGGGCGAGGACUUGCUCGAACUCGAGGCCCAGGACGCGGCCCAGAAGGGCGUUUUUCUGGCCUUCCAGUAUCCCGUGGAAUUACCGGGCGUCGGUAACACCGAUUUUUUAAGGUUGAUGCUCAAUGCCAAAAGAAAAGCGAACGGCGAAGCUGAGCUGGAUCCGUUGGAAUUCUUGGGCGUGGCCAUGGAGAAGUGCAAGAUCGUGGAGAUGAAUCCCGACUUUCUCCAGCGGAACGUCAACGAGGGGUUCAGUGGCGGCGAGAAGAAGAGGAACGAAAUAUUGCAGAUGGCCAUGCUCGAGCCGAAAUUAGCUAUACUAGAUGAGACCGAUUCGGGGUUGGACAUCGAUGCUCUCAGAACCAUCAGCGAAGGCAUCAAUCGCCUCAAACGGGACGACAACGCGUUCGUCGUCAUCACGCACUACCAGCGUUUGUUAGAUUACGUCAAGCCGGACUUCGUCCACAUCAUGAGAGAUGGUAGGAUUGUGAAGACGGGCGGGCCGGAACUAGCCUUGGAGCUCGAGGCGAAGGGCUACGUCGACGAGGUGCUGAACGGCUAGGGCGGGGGGCGUAAAGGUACCGUGAGGUAGGCCCUGUGCACGUCCACGCCAUCGAGCCGGCGCGGUCCCGAGGACACCGUCGUCGCGUCGAUGGCCUAAGCUCCACGCCAUCGAGCGGAUUUGGCUACGGAGACAACGUCGCGUCGAUGGCGUGGGGCGCCCGAAUUUGAUUUCCGCCGGCCCCUAGGCUCCUAUAGGAAAAAUAAAAAAAGUGAAAGAGAAGCCAAAUUUCAGCUCCCGAGGCAAGGAGGAGCAAGCCCACGCACCUGCAGGCCCGAGGCGCGGCUCUCGGGGGCGUAUCAUCCUCUCCCGAAUCAUUCUCGCGUGAUUCAAGUGCGGAAAAACUAAACCAUGAAUUUUUUUUGUCCAUAGCAUAGCCCGUACGCCGGUCGCGCGACCGGUUUCACCUCAGGCAAUCGCGCAAUGAUCGAGCUCCCGACGCGCGCCGGCAAGGACGACGCCGCGAGCCUCCUCGAAAGCGCCGACGCGGCCGCGAGCGACGAGCCCCGCGCGCCGUCGCCGUGGGCGCGCCUCGCGUCGAGGCUCGCGACGCCGCUGCUCCCGGACGCGGGGGGUCCGCGCGGCCGCCUCGCGAAGUUCCUGGGCCUGUCCUACGCCCUGCUCCUCGGCGCGUUCUAUUUCGUCCGCGCCCACGGCGACGACGUCGCAUGGGAGCGGGACGCCGACUUGACGGUAAAAGACCUCCACACCUUCGACCUGGCCGCCGUCGCGCUCGACGCGCUGUGCUACUUCGUCGUGGGCCGCUGGUGGGCGCGGGCGGGCGCCGACCGCGCGUCCGUCCUCGUACCAGCGCUCGCGGGUAUAUAUAUAUUCUCGGCCGUCGGCGGGCGCUGGCACUACUCGAUCUCCCUCUUUUCGAUAAAGUGCCUCUGGCCCCCGUCCCUCGUCGCGGCGGCCCUCCUCAUCGUCGGCGUCGUCGUCGCGUUCGUCGUCCUGCACGCGGUCGCGUUCUACCGCGACGGGGUCCUGCUCGGUCGCUGCGUCGAGGUCGCGGCGACGGCGAUGAUUUUCGUGCUGCCGGUCUGCCGAAAU